ACCUUGGGUGAGGGAGGACAUUGCCAUGUUAUGGCGUUUGAAGUGGGUAUUCCUCGGCCUGAUUUUCUUGAUGGAGCAAACUACCUUGGGACUGAGGUCACUGAUGGGUUUCUCUGCAAUGUGUGGGAGAAGGUGGAUUUCAUUUGGUACUAUGAGGAUGUUCAGACUAAGAGGCCAGUUCGUUGGGAUUUCUAUGAUGGAAUAACUAGUCACGUCAUGACAUUUGAGGUUGGUGCAGUCUUGCCGGAUUCAGUUACUCAAGCACCUGCGUACUGUUUCAAUCAAAACAGAAAUGCUGCUGCUGCGUAAACUCUUUAAUCUUUAGAUAGAUAGAAACUAAAUGUCCUAUAUUUGCUUAACGAUAUAAGUUUCACAUUCCUCACAGAUGUCCAUAUUGUCUGAUAUAUCAAGGGGAAAA